CCUAUAACAAAUACUAGUUGGUUGUACUCACUAGAAGCAUACCUCAUCUUGCGAUUCCGAGCUUGCUAUCACCGUGAAUGAGUGGUUACUCGCCCGCGCUCUUCUGACGGUCACCCACACUAUCGCUCGUUCCUCUUCUCUGCUAAACUGACAUCUCUUCGCCGCCUUGGCUGGAGAUGUCCUUUUAGCGGAGCAAGUAGGUUACGAUAACCCUGCUUGCCCCACUCCAAUCGUCGCUCUCGUCCCUCCUGCAUUGACUUCCCCCCCCCUCUCUGUGCCUCUCGUCGUCUCGCGGCUCGUCGCCUUUUCUCGGGCUUCUCGUGUCUCUCGGCGCCAAGCCUCUCGUCCGCUCGCCCCAGCUCCUCGCCUUUCGUCCAUCCAGAUCUCUUCCCGCCGCUCACCCUCUGCCCCCUGCGCGCUACACCAUGGCCUCGCCUCUCUCAGUGUUGGACGGCCAGGCGGCGCUCGAGACGGCCCUGGCGGCGGCGCAGAGCGCCAUUCUCGGGCUCUUCCGCCUCGUCGACGCCGCCGCCCUGCCGCCCGGCACCGCCCACAGCACUUGCAGCAACGGCGGCUUGCCGCACGGCCAUGAUACCGCGGGCGUGCAGUCCCCGCACGAGCAGCACGCGGCCCAUCUUCUCCACCAUGCGCUCCUCGCCGCCGCCCGCCGCGCCGCCGCCGACUGCCCCCCGCUACUCUCGGCGCCGUCGCACGGCCCCAGCCAGCCUGCACCCCAACCCGCCCGCUCGUCCGCGACGCCCGUCGACGGCUCGUCUCGUAAGCGCGCUCGCCCCGACACUGACGCCGGCUGCGCGCCCUCCCGCCGCGCCAAGGCCGACUCCCUUGCCGCGUCGUCCCUCGUGUCGUCCCCAGCCGCGUCCGACGCCUCGCUGGGUUCCCCCCGCUGGCGGCCCGCGCACGAGGCGGCGCGGUACAAGGGCGUGCGGCAGCGCAAGUGGGGCAAGUGGGUGUCGGAGAUCCGCGAGCCGCGCAAGCGCACGCGCAUCUGGCUGGGAUCCUUCGACUCCCCCGAGGACGCCGCGCGCGCAUACGACGUGGCGGCGCGCCUGCUGCGCGGCGCCAAGGCGUCGCUCAACUUCCCGGGCAGCUUCCACCUGGUGCCGCUGCCGCCCGCCACCGCCGAGGCGCUGCUCAAGGCGAGCCGGGCGGAGGCGCCCGCGCCCGGCACGGAGGACGUCGCGGCGGCGCUCGAGCAGUCGAUGCUGGCGCAGUCCGCGCACGCCGCCGCCGCUGCAGAGUCGGAGGAAGACGGGGCUCGCUCGUCCACUCCCCUGGAAGCGGGUGCGACGGGAGUGGGCGUGGCGAAGCAGGAGCCGGCGGCGGUCGACGACGAGUGGCCGCUGGCGCCGUGCGCGGAUCACGAGCAGGGGAAGCCCGCGCUGCUGGCGCGAGUGGACAGCGACGCGGCGAGCGACGACGCGGCCGCCAUGGAGUCGCUGCUGCUGGACCUGGAGCCGCUCGACGGCGCGCACGCGCUGCUGCACGACGUGCUCCCCCUGGGCGCGGAGGACGGCGCCUUCGCCCUCGACCUCCCCAGCCCCUCGCGCGACCUGUACGCGCUCUGGGACAUGUGACCGCCUGCCCACCCACCUGCCUGCGCGCCUCUCCGCCCUCAGAAGAAUCGACGAAGGCGAUGGAAACAGCAGGGGUGCGCGUAUCAUGUGGCUCUCGCGAAUCAUGGGCAAGCACGUGCCGGGAUUCCUCGGCUCGUGUCAAGUCUGCCCACCCCCCCGUGCUUGCCGUAUGAUUCCAGUCAACAUGAUGCGCUGCAGCCCUUCCCGCUACACCCCCCCUCACUUCUGUACUUGGCUCCGCAAUGCGCCCGUCUCUUCUUACUCUUCGCGCUCAGUGAUGACACCGCGCUGCCUUCCUCCCUCCACCCCAUGCCCACUCUCCUCCCAUCCAUCUCUCCCACCUCCCUGCUUCUGACUCUUUUUCUCUUCCCCCUUCCUGCUGUUUCCCUACUCGUUUUCUGUCUCGCCCUGUUUGCUGCCUCCCGCAAUUUUAGUUUGGACAGUUGCGCAUGCGCCAUUGAUCUCUUAGCUGGUACAUGUUAGCCUGACCUGAGUCACUAAUAACUGCUAUGGAUAGGAGAUAUUAAUUGUGCACAUUUGCACACUGUUGGUGCCUUCAGAGUAAGCAUUCUGUGAACUUGUGAAAUGCCAAGUGUAUCAUCCUGCCCCUGAUCAGGCCU